AUGAUGCAUCUGGUUUAUUAAAAAAGGUACUAUAAGCUAACAUAAAAGAAUGGAAAUCGAAAAGUUAUCUUAAUGUUAGAUAAACAUUUCAUUAAUUAUUCUCAUAAUGAAAUGAAUAUACUUAAUAUUUAAAUAAGCAGAAGACUUAUAAGAGCAGCCCAAAGUUUAAUAAAGGAAUAUAUUCAUGGUGAUAAUAUAUCUAAAGUGGAUCUAUUGCUUGAUAGAUGCAAUUUAUAUACAGCUAUAAUAUACAUUAACAUUUAAAGAAUGCUCAAAAAUGAGAGAGGUACUGAACAUUUUGAAGAAUUAACAUCCUCUUAGAUCGAAUAAAAAAUUGGAUUAAAUCGAUUGAGAUAGAGAAUUCAUUAGACUAUUAGUAUACCUGGAAGUUUAAUAAAAGUAACUAAUCUUUAUAAGCUUAAGGAUAAAACUAAAAGUAUAAAUUAUAAGUAUAUCAAUAGUUAAGUUUUAUUUAAAUGAAUGUUGGACAUUAUUAAUCAAAUAGUUAAUUUUAUAUGCUAAAUUAUUUAAAAUCACAAAUGAAGUACCAAACAGUUUGAAAAUGAUGCUUAAAAUUGAAAAAAUAUUAUAAAUUUAAGAAAUGUAAAAUACAACAAAUAUUGAUUUAAUCAAAAUAUUCGUUGAUCAUUAUUAAAAUUUUGGAUAACUCUACUUUUAAUUAUGUGAAUUUAAGAACUCAUUAAAAUAGUAUGAAAAAGCAUUAUUAUAUUUGCAAAAACUAAUUUUCAUUAUUUUGAAAAAAAGAAAAACGCCAAAUAUAAUUGAUGAUUCUGAUCUAUAACCUGUAGAAUAAUACAUAAUGAAAUUAAUUAUGAUUUUAUAUCUCUAAUCAUUAUGUUAUGAAUAUUUAUCUGAAUAUUCUAAAAUGAAUGAAUGCAUUCAUUUAGCUUAAUGGUUUUGUAAUGAAAUCUUAAGAUUAGAGGAUGAGAAUCAAUUGAGAAUUCUCAUCUAUAGUCGUGCAUAAGAUAUUUCAAAAUAUAUUGAUAACAUAUAAACUGAAUGUGAAAUUAGACAUAUAAUUUUUACAUUUUUAUCAGAUGAUGAUGAUACUGAAAUUAAGAAAAUCUCAUCAUAAAUUAAAGAUGAUUAUUAAAAAAUACUCGAUGAUAAAUUCUAUCUUAAAUUUAAAAUAGAAUAACUUAAUAAAUAACAAUAUUUUAAAUUAAAUCCAAUUCCUAUUAAACUUCCAUCUCCUUAUUUAUUAUAUAAUGUACCUAAAGGUAGUAGAACAGAAAGAGAUCUUACAUAAUAAUAAACAUCAAAAAAUUAUCAAUCCUUUACUACACAGGAUGGAUAUGAUCAUAAUAAAUUAAUUUCAUCAGAUAGUGAAUCAAAAUUAGUCAAAUAAAAUUCUAUCUCAUCAUUUUCAAAAAGAACUAAACCAACUGAUUUUACUUAAUAUUGUAAAACUGAAUUAUCAGAUUAUCCUAGACUAGAUUCUGAAUUAGCUGGAGUUAUUGUUAAUCAAUUAAAAAAAGAAUAAGCAUUCUAUUCAUUAGCUGAUAUUGAAAAAACAUGCAAAGAUGAACUCAAUGAAAAUUAAAGAUAAUAAUAGGAUUGUGAAUUAGGUAAAGCAAUACUCUUAUUCAAAAGAUAAUUUAGUAAAAAUGCUAUUGCAGAACCUAAAGAAACAGAUUCUUUAAAAUAAUUGAAUAAUGAAAUCAAAACUGAAUUUUAAUUAAUUUCUGGCUAUUUAGAAGCUUAAGAAAGAUUAAAGAAAAAAAGAUAAUAGUAAUAAAAUUUUGAAUAAUCCCUUAAACCAAAACCUAAAAUAAAAACUCCAUUUAGGAAAAUACUUAUUAAGCAUUCUAAUACUUUAGGUUUAAAAUAAGCGAAAAAGAAAUUGUAAAAUUUAGAAGAAGAAACUGCUUUAAUGAAACUUUAUUAAAAAAUAUCUGGUUAAAAAGAAGAACAAAAACCUUAAAUUAAUGAAGAAUAAAUAAUUAGAAAAAUGAUUUAAACUAAUUUAAAUGUAUUUUAUAACAUAUAUUCAAAAGGCUAUCAAAGUCAUUAUGGAUGACAAUCAAAAGGAAUAAGAAAUUGCCUAAAAAUAAUUAAAAUCAAGAAGACAUAUCUCUGAAUAAAUAUUAUCUAAACAUGAAAAAUCUCCUAAAAAUUCAUAAUAAUUCAAGGAAACUUUUAGAAGUCUAGCUGGAUCUACUUAAUACUUAAGUACUAAGGGAUAAGCAAAAAGUGUUAGUUCUUUCGUUGAAUUAACAAAUAUCAAAAGAAAAAUGACUUAAAUCGAGUCUAAAAAAAUUGUUAGAUACUCAGAAUUAUUUAGAAGUUAAUUAUGA